AUGAUUUGCGCGCUGGACGAAACAAUGAGUACAAAACCUGUAUGUAUGGAUCCCUGUCAGGAAAUAGAUAUGAUGAACUCGACAUUUAAUUUCAGUUUGGAAGAAGUAUACUCUAUUUUGUUGGAGCAUAAACGCGAUUACCGAAAUUUGGACAAAAUUACUGAGACGCUGCUCAUCAUAGUGUACUUCGGUGUGAUGAUCGUCGGGCUGUCUGCCAACCUGACCGUGAUCUACGUGGUGGCCAGACGUACUCAGAUGCACACUUCCCGAAAUCUGUACAUAGUCAACUUGGCUGUUUCCGACAUGACUCUGUGCUUGGUGUGCAUGCCGUUCACACUGACGUCGAUAUUGGGACACCAGUGGACCAUGGGCACCGUAUUAUGCAAACUCGUGCCACUGUUGCAGGGCACCAACAUCAUGGUGUCGGUAGGCACGAUCACGGUGAUCGCCAUAGAUCGAUACUGGGUGAUCGUCCGCGGAUCUGCUCAAAACGAAAGGCGCACAGUGUACGUGUCCAUAGCUACCGUAUGGUUGUUGGCCGUCUUGACCGCGUCGCCCGUAGCUUACUACCAGGUGGUCGAACCGUUAAAAUUUCAACAUUUAGUUUUAUACGAAAGUUGUCGGGAAAAAUGGCCUUCAACCGAUAUCAAAGUGGCGUAUAAUAUAGCAAUAGUGCUCAUUCAAGCAGUACUACCCGCCACUGUUCUUUUGGUGGUUCAUAUUCGUAUUGCAGCAUAUUUACACGCACACACUGCUUCUCAAAAAGACUCGAGGCGUGCACAGCGAGAACUUCAAAGGAACAAACGGACCACCCUACUUCUGAUAGGAGUGGCGGUCGUCUUCACUGUGAGUUGGCUUCCGUUGGCCGUGUUCUCGUUGGCCGCUGACCUAAUGACCAAGAAGAUUACGACCAAGAAGAUUACGACCAAACAGCUGUAUGUGAUUCUGGCUGUUUGUCACCUGACCGCCAUGACCUCAGCCAUCUCAAACCCGAUCAUUUACGGCUGGAUGAACUCCAACAUCCGUAACGAGCUGUAUCAACUGUUCUACACGAAAAUCCUGAGACGGCGACCGGGCAACCGGUCCACGGCGACAGCCACGACAACCAUUAGGAACAGGACCCGGCCUCUGAUCACGUACAAUACUUCGAAUUACAUGCCCGGAAGUCAGGAGACGUUUUCGAGGGGAGUCACUGUGCUUUAG